AUGGAGCCAACCAGCCACAUCACGGUCCUCGUCAAAUACACUGGUGAGAUCAAUCAAGUUUGUUUCAAGAUGAAAAGGAACACUUCAAUGAAAAAACUCAUGAAUUCUUACUGUGACCGAUACUCUCUUCACUUCAAUUCAACUGCUUUUCUCUUCGAUUCUCGUCUCAUAUCACCAAACCUCUCUCCCUUUCAGCUAAACUUAAAAGAUGGGGAUGUAAUAGAUGCUGCCUUCCAUGAAGAUUGUAUUGAAAUUAAGGUCAAAGGCCAGAAUGGAUUUGAAGCUUCUUACGUGAUCCGAAGAACCGAUCCAUUGAGAAAUAUUAUGGAUAAAUAUUGUUUGCAUUAUCGUCUUAAUUUUGAUGCAGUUGGUUUUUUGUUUGAUGGGCGUCUCACCAAACCUGAGGAGACUCCAUAUAAGCUCGGAAUUCAGAAUGGCGAUGAAAUUCUUGUCAUGCUUCACAUGAGUGCUUGCGGUGUUUUAUCGUUUAGGAUGAAAUUUGAUUGA